ACUUCAGAGUAUAACCAGGAGAUCUAGAGUCAACGAUCUAGAGAGGAGUAUAGAAAGAAGCGGUUAGAUUUCAACUAGUUCGAUUCCAUUGCUGUUCCAGAAGACAAUCAUGAGCACAGAAGAGCUGAGGAAAGAUGCUGCGGAAUUGCGGGGUUUCAUGGAGACUGCAUCUCGUCAAAGAGUAAAAGACAUCUUAUCAUUAGAACUGCGGAAAAUAGAAACAGAGAUUAUCAAGAAAGAAGAAGCUAAAAGUGCAAGUGCUAAGGAAACGGAUACAGCUAAGCCCACUACAGAGGGACUUAAAGUUAGACAGCCUCGUUCUUUAUCCUACGUUCAAGAGAAAACUUAUGCCUGGGACCAGUCAGACAAGUUUAUGAAAAUUUAUGCCCAGUUGCCAGAUGUCCAGAGUUUACCCAAAGACAAAAUCACCUGUGAUUUUACUUCAAGAUCAUUUAAACUGCAAGUUCAUGAAUUGAAGAAUAAAAACCAUGAGUGGCAUAUAGCACAUCUAAUGGAGGAAAUUGUGCCAGAAGAGAGCUAUUUCAAGGUGAAGACCAACAGUGUUUUAGUGAUGCUGAAGAAAAAGGAAGUGAAGACAUGGCCCUAUGUUACAGAGCGAGAGAAAAAGGCACAGGAUAAUAAAAAACCCAAGGUGGAUGAGAGCAAGGACCCAAAUGAUUCUCUAAUGGACAUGUUGAAGCAGAUGUAUGAGGAUGGCGAUGAUGAAAUGAAGAAGAACAUCAGCAAAGCUUGGAGUGAUUCUCGCAACAAGCAGAGUGUCAUCUAACAAUUAAACUGUCAUUGUCCUGUGUAUCUGAGGCUCAUUAUGACUGUAUUCUGAUAAAAAAGCUUCCAAUGAUUUCACAUCUGCUAUGAAUCGUUGUACCGUUUACUUUGUGAUCAAUUUCUUUUGAUUUAUGGAUUGUGUUUCUGUGAUAAAGUACACCCAGAGAAUUUCAUUUCAUGUUGAAUCAUUUCUCAUUUGAUAAAAGAAACUUGAAAGUCAUUUGAUGUCAUCAGUCCCAAAUGAUUCUAAUAAAUUCAACAUUUUGUACAA